UGACUCUGGAACAAUGGAGAACAGUCCUCUGCAGGUGGUGACGGUCCCCACCGCCCCCUACCCCGACCAGAGGCCCGGCACCGACGGCCUGAGGAAGAGCGUCUGUGUGUUCCAGUCCAGGAGGAACUACCUGCACAACUUCGUCCAGAGUAUCCUGUCCUCCAUUGACCUGCGCGACCGCCAGGGGUCAACCGUGGUGGUGGGGGGCGACGGGCGCUUCUUCAACCAAACCGCCAUCGAGGUCAUUGUGCAGAUGGCAGCUGCCAACGGGGUGGGCCGCCUGAUCAUCGGGCACCACGGGAUCAUGUCCACGCCCGCCAUCUCCUGCGUGAUCAGAAAAUACAAGGCCAUCGGCGGCAUCGUCCUCACCGCCAGCCACAACCCCGGCGGGCCGCACGGAGACUUCGGCAUCAAGUUCAACACCGCAAACGGAGGCCCGGCCAAGGAGGCCGUCAGCAGUAAGAUCUUCCUGAUCAGCAGAACCAUCGAGGAGUUCGCCAUCUGUCCCGGACUGAAGGUGGACCUGACCACGCUGGGAAGGCAGACCUUCGAUUUGGAGAACAAGUUCAAACCCUUCACAGUGGAAAUCGUGGACUCUGUGGAGUCGUACGCCAACCUGCUGAGGAACAUCUUCGACUUCGCUGCUCUGAAGGAGCUUCUCUCUGGCGACCACCGCAUCAAGAUCAGAUUAGACGCCAUGCAUGGAGUGGCAGGACCGUAUGUGAGGAAAAUCCUCUGUGAGGAGCUGGGCUGUCCCGCCAACUCUGCCAUCAACUGCGUCCCGAUGGACGACUUUGGGGGUCAGCACCCGGACCCACACCCCACCUACGCCACAGACCUGACCGACAGCAUGAGGGACGGACAGUACGACUUCGGUGCAGCGUUCGAUGCCGACGGGGAUCGGAACAUGAUCCUCGGUAAACACGGGUUCUUCGUCACGCCGUCCGACUCUGUGGCGGUGAUCGCCAACAACAUCUUCUGCAUCCCGUACUUCCAGCACACGGGGGUGAGGGGCUUCGCUCGCAGCAUGCCCACCAGCGCAGCGUUGGACAGAGUAGCCAAAGCAACUAAAAUAGAGCUAUAUGAAACUCCCACUGGGUGGAAGUUCUUCGGAAACCUGAUGGACGCCGGCAUGCUGUCCCUGUGCGGAGAGGAAAGCUUUGGUACAGGGGGAGACCACAUCCGGGAGAAGGACGGGCUCUGGGCCGUGCUGGCAUGGCUGUCCAUCCUGGCCUCCAGGCGGCAGAGUGUGGAGGACAUCGUCAAGGACCACUGGCUGAAAUAUGGAAGAAACUACUUCACCAGAUAUGACUACGAGGACGUGGACAUCGAUGCGGCCUGUGAGAUGAUGGAGGAUUUGGAGAUGAUGAUCGCUGACAAGUCCUUUGUGAGGCAGAGGUUUGCAGUGGAAGACAAAAUCUACCAGGUGGAAAAAGCAGACAACUUUGAGUACACCGACCCGGCAGACAGCACCAUUUCCAGGAACCAGGGACUCCGGAUCAUCUUCUCCGAUGGCUCCAGAAUCAUCUACAGGCUCAGCGGGACGGGCAGGAGCGGGGCAACGGUGCGAAUCUACAUUGACAGCUACGAAAAGGAGCUGAUUUUCGAGGACACACAGGUGAUGCUGGCGCCACUCGCAACUAUCGCAGUGAAGAUUUCCCAGCUCCACCACAGGACAGGCCGCAGUGGCCCGUCGCUCAUCACGUGAUUUCUUCUGUGUUUUCUGUCACCAUUGCAUUGCUAAAGUUAUACCGUUUUUUUUUUUUUGUUUUUGUUUUUGUGCAACAAUUUUUUUUAUAACUGUUGAAUCCAAAUGUAGCUGCUUCACAGGCAACAAAGUUAAUGUUGUGAAAGAAAAAUAAUCGUAUA